AAGAAUUCAAUACGGCAGAGAAUUAAUAGUUUCUACAAAUAAUUAUAAUCAUCAUCCAUAGAAAGUAACAUAAUAACGAUUUUUUAUGCCAGAAAACAAACAUAUAAUAAGCAUUUUACAUUUCGCGGAUGUGAACCGGAUUACGAUAAUGUAAACAAAAAGCAGACGAGAAGUCAAGGUCUGCGCGGUAACUUUGGUUGAGAUGGUGAAACCAAAGUACAGACGCCAUGGGUUCGUCUCGAAAAAGCAGAAGGAGAGAUAUGAUAAAGUAUCUGCAGGGCAAUUGACUCGAUGGAUUAGGGGAGCUAUCCUUACAGACCACAAUUACUCCGCCAGUGCAACCCCUGUCAGCGUUGAUCACGAUCACGAAUUGCCAAAUUUGAAUAUACUGGAAAGAGAGGAGGUGGUGGAUGGGGAAGAAGUGACUACAUCUGAGGAUUGGAAGGAGGGGAGGAGAGUAGUAGAACUUGGAGUGUUAGCUGAGGGCUUGCGGGGAUGUUGUAAAUGUGGCUUACCAUUACAACUUUCACACACUAUUUCUGUGUUGACAUAUGGUUUAGCUUCUUUGUUAAAGGUCUGUUGCAGCAAUACAAAGUGUAAUCAUAUUAACCAUGUAAAAACGGGGAAAAAACAUGGAAGAGUGUGGGAUGUAAAUACAAAGCUAUCAGCAGCAAUUGUACAUGUUGGUAUUGGUGCAACACAAGUCAACAGUCUCCUUUCUGAGCUGAAUAUACCACCUGUAAGCCAUGCCAUGCUGGACAAAAGACAGAAAGAGAUAGGCAGAGCUGUUGAAGAUAUUGCUGCAGAGUCUAUGUCUGAUGCUUUGCAGAAGGAACUGGAAAUGAUGAAUGAAGAGAUGAACGAAAAUGGACUAGUUGUUGCUGUAGAUGCUGGAUGGCAAAAACGGGGUAGCGGAAAGACAUAUGAUAGUUUAUCAGGUCAUUGUUCCAUGGUUGGUCCUCUCUCCGACAAAGUAUUGUCAUACUCUCUGAGGUCUAAGAAUUGCAGAGUAUGCAGUGUAGCUGAAUCAACCAACAAGAAUCCAGCAGCCCAUGAGUGCUCAAAGAAUUGGGAGGGUAGUUCAAAGGCCAUGGAGGCAGAUAUGGUUAUUGAGAUGGUCCAAGAUCUACAGAAAAGUAAAGGAAUAACCAUUGAUGGAAUCAUUGGAGAUGAGGACUCUACCACUAUUGCAAGACUGAAAGCUAAUGUCAAUGCUGAUAUUAAGAAGUUGUCUGAUAAAAAUCAUCUAAAGAAACUGUUUACAAACUCUUUGUUUACCUUGAAGAAAAAACAUUCAUCUCUAACUUUGUCUGUGAUAAAGUACAUUCAGAAAUGCUUCAGUUACUCCAUAGCACAGGGAAAAGGAAAUGCUUCUCAAAUCAAAGAAGACCUUUCAUCAAUUCCAUUACACAUAUUUGGAGAUCACCAACACUGCUCCUCAAGGUGGUGCAACUUCAUUAACAACCCUAACCUGAGGUACAAGUCACUUCCACAUGGAAAACCCCUGAAAGAUAGGUUCCUUCAGGAUGAUCUGAAAGAAGUCUUCAGUUCAUAUGCAAGUCAUUCUGAUCGUCUUUCAUGCUUAGGAAGCACACAGUCCAAUGAGAGUUUUCACAGAAUGGUGUCUGCAAAAGCCCCAAAGACCCAUCAUUACAGCUCUUCUUCAAGCCUCAGAUAUAGAGUUGCUGCAUGUGUAGCCCAGAAAAAUGUUGGACACAGAUAUCUUGUAAAGGUUAACAAGAAAUUGGGCCUCUCUCCUGGCUACUAUACUCGACGACAGUGCAUUCUGAGGGAUUUGCAAAGAAAGCGACAGAAGGCCAUUUCAGUGACACAGAAAUUUAAAAGGAGAAGGAGAGAAUUGAAAGCCAGGAAAAUUCAAAGUAUUUCUACAAAAGAAACAAGGGAAGGCAUCAGUUAUUUAACAGGAUGUGAUCUCCAGCAGGCCUCUGACAUCGUUGAAAUUCCAGCUCCAAAAACAAUUCCAAAGUAUGAUCAUCUCCCUUCAAGUCAGCUGUUAAAUGCUGAAGAGAUCUAUUUUGAUUUGGAAACUACUGGACUCGCAAGGGAUUCUCAUAUUGUGCAGUUGUCUGCAGUUAGAAAUGAUGAGGUUUUCAACAAAUACAUCAUUCCAGAAAAACCAAUGUCCUCAAAAGCUACAGAAAUUACUGGAAUAAAAGUAGUCAACAAUAAAAUGUACCACAAUGAUGAGGAAGUUGAGACAGUCAGCAUUAAGGAUGCACUGAUCCAGUUUAUCGACUUCAUGAAGAAAUCGGAGUCAGAUGCUGUUCUAGUUGGACACAACUCCAAAGUGUUUGACCUUCCUGUGCUGUUCAACAUUUUGAGUAAAUUAAACAUUUUGGAGGCAUUCUCAUCUGCAGUCAUUGGUUUCAUUGAUACCUUACCUCUUUUCAAAAUUUCGCAUCCAAACCUUUCAUCAUACUCACAGUUACACCUCUUCGAAGAAAUUCUACAAGACAAAUACAGUGCGCAUGACUCAUUACAGGAUGUCUUAGCCUUGAAGAGAUUGUUGGACCAUACAGGACCUUCCCCUGAAGUCAAACUUGCUGCAUCUUUCACUUCAAACUCUGCCUUUGCCAUAUUCCAUCACAAGAGCACAACAAAAAGUCUAAUGAGCACACUAAAGCCUUUAUUGGACCAAAAGGUGAUUUCGAAUGGAAUGGGAAAUAAGAUUGCCAGCAGUGGACUCUCCUUAUCACACUUACAACUGGCUUAUCGCAGAAAUGGUAGGGAGGGAGUACAGGAUGUGCUGACAGAGAUAACAGAUAACAGUGUGCGUGUGACAAAAUCUAGAAAAAUCAUUGAUUCUGUUGCAGAUUUUCUCAGAUCUGAGCAGUAACGCAGUUGUAUGAUGUUCUUUGUAUGUAACUAUGUUAUUGUUUGUUUGGUUGUUUGUUUGUUUGUUUGAUUUCUGUGAGCCAGUGCUCACUAGUAAUACCCUCACUCUGAUGUGAAUAUGGACAGACAGGAAUAAACAAAGUUAAUUGACAAUGGAUUCGUACAAAAAUGAAUCCAACCAUAUUUCAUGUCUAAAAAAUUUCAAGCAUCUGUGAUGAGUAGUUGUGGAGAAAACUGUGACAAAAAUUUAUUAUUUGUGGUACAGACAGAUGCACAGAUAAACAGGAAGUUGACAUCAGAUUCGUCUAAAACCAAUUCCAACGGUGAUGAGUAGUUGUGGAGAAAACUGUGACAAAAAUUUGUUAUUUGUGGUACAGACAGAUGCACAGAUAAACAGGAAGUUGACAUCAGAUUCGUCUAAAACCAAUUCCAACGGUGAUGAGUAGUUGUGGAGAAAACUGUGACAAAAAUUUAUUAUUUGUGGUACAGACAGAUGCACAGAUAAACAGGAAGUUGACAUCAGAUUCGUCUAAAACCAAUUCCAACUGUGAUGAGUAGUUGUGGAGAAAACUGUGACAAAAAUUUGUUAUUUGUGGUACAGACAGAUGCACAGAUAAACAGGAAGUUGACAUCAGAUUCGUCUAAAACCAAUUCCAACUGUGAUGAGUAGUUGUGGAGAAAACUGUGACAAAAAUUUAUUAUUUGUGGUACAGACAGAUGCACAGAUAAACAGGAAGUUGACAUCAGAUUCGUCUAAAACCAAUUCCAACUGUGAUGAGUAGUUGUGGAGAAAACUGUGACAAAAAUUUACUAUUUGUGGUACAGACAGAUGCACAGAUAAUCAGGAAUUUGACAUCAGAUUCGUCUAAAACCAAUUCCAAAUGUGAUGAGUAGUUUUGGAGAAAACUGUGACAAAAAUUUACUAUUUGUGGUACAGACAAAUGCACAGAUAAUCAGGAAGUUGACAUCAGAUUCGUCUAAAACCAAUUCCAACAUACGGCAUGGCUAAAGAAAGAGUGUGCUAAAACUUAAAGCAUCUGUGAUGAGCAAUUGAGCAUGAUGAGUGAUUGCUGAGAAAAAUUGGACAAAAAUUUGUUACUGACAGAAAGACACACAAGUGUAGAAAGAAAAACAGUAUAAACCCUGUGCUUCAGAGCAGGGGUAUAAUUAUGCCAUGAACUAUUGUUUUUUUCAAUGUUUAUUGUUAUAGGUAGUUUGUAGUUGAACAAAACAUUUUCUUUCCAUUCAAAAUAAAUCCUUAUUUAGAAAUUGACAACAAUUUAUUUUCAUUACCCAUAUUUUGAGCAUACAUGAAAAAUUAAAAGGUGUUCAUUGAUAUUUAUUGAAGAAGACUAUGUGCAUAUUAAAUUGAAACAUGCACAAAUGAAUAUGAAAAGACAUUCUGUAAAUGUUUAAUAUUGUGUAUGACCUAUACUUGGCAGUAAUCUAUUUUUCAACAAUCGGGCUAGGUUUGAUUUCUAGCAAAAUUUUUAUUGUGUACUUAUAAAUACGCAGGUCAUAAAGUUAGCGAUGUUCUUGAAAUAGCAACAGCAGUUUUCUGUCAAAGGCACAAAAAAUCUAAUGUUUGCAGUAUAUAAAAAUGUUGUAUGUUACUUGUAAAGGUAACAAUUUGAUAGAUCUCUAUCACAAGGAAA